AUGAGUGAAAACGAAAGUAUUUCUAAUGAUUUACUUAUUUCUAAAACUUUUAAAGAUCAUUCUCUGCCAAAAUAUGAAUCAUAUCAAGAUGAAAAAGAGAAAGUUCAACAUAUUAGAGACUGCAACAGAGUUUCUUAUAAAAUUUAUGAAAUUAGUUCUAACUGA